GGCAAGAAGAGGCGCACUGACGAGGGCGGCGAUGCAGGAGGCGGUGAUGCAGGAGACGCUGGCGCGGUGCAGCCUGGUGGUCGCAAGCCAAGGCCGAAGCCGCAACCUGUUCCUGAGUGGCUGAAGAAGUUCCGCAACCUCAAGACCCUCUGGACCACUGUGUCUGGCCAGGCGAAGAUCAUCCUCCGCUUGAUCGAGUCGAAGGACCCGAAGUGGAAGUUCGCCGACUCCGAGGAGAUGCGCGGCCCCCUCUCGAGGCAGUACACUAUGGUGAUGAACAUCAUCGAUGGCGACUCUGUGACUGCGCAGCUCAUGCUGGGUGACCUGAACCAGCUCAAGGAAGACAUGGGCCAGUCUUUCGAGAAGAAGGUGCUCAAGGCUUAUGCUGACCUGCACAACCCAAUUGAGGAUGUCUCGAACGCCAUCAAGAAGCUGCACAAGCACGCGAAGAUCGAUAGGGACGACAAG